GGGCGGACGAGGGCGGCCUGGGCGGGCCGCCUGGGCUGGAGGCCCCGCGUUCACUGGAGCGCUCGGGUCCGGACGACGAGCCACGCUGCGGGGUCGGUCGCGCGGGUCCAGCUUCCGCUGCCGCGGGACCUCGCUCGACUCCGGCGGUUGGGCCACCAGCAGCGGCCCGAGCCGUCGGGGGGCCGCGGCUGCAGCGCUCCGCCUGCCAGAAACACCCUUUACAACCUUACUGUGAAGAAGCCCAGGGGACAGGUAGCCACAACUGAUUUGCAGAUAAGAAAGGAGGCCCAGGCAGUAUCUGCAAAGCCAGGAGUGUGACUCAGUACUUCUGUGUGUUGUGCACACACCUGCGACUACAGAUGCCAGAGUGUUUUGACUCUGCUCCAGACACCUUACACACCUGAACUUCUUUAAACCUCACAACCGCCUUAUGAGAUUCUCUAGAAAGCGUAACAGUGAUGGAGUACAUGAGCACCGGCAGUGACAACAAAGACGAGCUCGAUUUAUUAAUUAAGCACUUGAACGUGUCCGAUGUAAUAGACAUUAUGGAGAAUCUUUACACCAGCGAAGAGCCAGCAGUUUACGAGCCCAGUCUCAUGACCAUGUGUCAAGACAGUAGUGAAAAUGAGGAGCGUUCAGAGUCUCUGCUGCUCAGUGGCCAGGAGGUGCCUUUGUUGUCAUCGGUCAGAUACGGAACGGUGGAGGACUUGCUGGCCUUCGCAAACCACAUAUCCAACACCGCAAAGCGUUUUUAUGGACACCGAGCGCAGGAAUCGGGGAUUUUAUUAAACAUGGUAAUCACUCCCCAGAAUGGACGCUAUCAGAUAGACUCUGAUGUUCUCCUCAUCCCCUGGAAGCUGACUUAUCGGAAUAUCGGCUCUGAUUUCAUACCUCGGGGGGCCUUUGGAAAAGUGUACCUAGCCCAAGAUAUAAAGACUAAGAAAAGAAUGGCGUGUAAAUUGAUUCCAGUAGAUCAAUUUAAGCCGUCUGAUGUGGAAAUCCAGGCCUGCUUCCGGCAUGAGAACAUUGCUGAGUUAUAUGGUGCUGUGCUCUGGGGUGAAACCGUGCACCUCUUUAUGGAAGCCGGCGAGGGAGGGUCUGUUCUUGAGAAACUGGAGAGCUGUGGACCAAUGAGGGAAUUUGAAAUUAUUUGGGUCACAAAGCAUGUUCUCAAGGGACUCGAUUUUCUACACUCAAAGAAAGUGAUUCAUCAUGAUAUUAAACCUAGCAACAUUGUCUUCAUGUCUACAAAAGCUGUUUUGGUGGAUUUUGGCCUAAGUGUUCAAAUGACUGAAGAUGUCUACUUUCCUAAGGACCUUCGCGGAACAGAGAUUUACAUGAGCCCAGAGGUGAUCCUGUGCAGAGGUCAUUCAACUAAAGCGGACAUCUACAGCCUGGGAGCCACGCUCAUCCACAUGCAGACGGGCACCCCGCCUUGGGUGAAGCGCUACCCUCGCUCAGCCUAUCCCUCCUACCUGUACAUUAUCCACAAACAGGCGCCUCCGUUGGAAGAUAUCGCAGACGACUGCAGUCCCGGCAUGAGGUUGCUGAUGGAGGCUGCCUUGGAGAGGAACCCCAAUCACCGCCCGAGUGCAGCUGACCUGCUCAAACAUGAUGCCCUGAACCCCCCCAGAGAGGAUCAGCCACGCUGUCAGAGUCUGGACUCUGCCCUCUUUGAGCGGAAGAGGCUGCUGAGUAGGAAGGAGCUGGAGCUUCCGGAGAACAUAGCGGAUUCUUCAUGCACAGGAAGUACUGAGGAAUCGGAGAUGCUGAGGAGGCAGCGUUCUCUUUACAUAGAUCUGGGGGCCCUGGCUGGCUAUUUCAACCUUGUACGGGGUCCACCAACCCUAGAAUAUGGCUGAUCGAUGGUGUCAUUUGCUCCGAGUAAUUAAGACUCAGCAUUGGGCUCCUGGAAGCUGGUUAUAUGGACUCGAACCCGGGCUCUGUAUACUGAAUCUUGCCAUCCAUCAGCGGGCAACGUGGGCUCCUAUAAUCCAUGAAUGUGACUCCACGUGGCUCCCCUGGGUUUGAUUCGGGGAGCUGCCUUGGUAGCCCCCCCAGGUCUAAAGGUUCUCAUGUCUCAGGUGGUGUGACCAACUCAAAGGAAGUUGCGAGUUCGUAGAAGGAUCAUUUCUGGUGGCUGAUUCCAUUCACUGUGCACUUUGCUCAGAAAAUGUCAAGAUGACAGAUCAUGAGGAUAAUGUCUUAGCCUGAAAUUACUGUUCUUGGUUCUGAUUUAAGUCUGGGAACUUCAUUUAACUCAGAAUAGUUGUUUUGUGUAUAUUGGUGUAUAUUAUAUGAUAACGCCUUGAGCCUUUGUAGGUAGAUUCUAGUGUAAAUUAAAGUCCUUAUAUUUUGGGUGAGUAGAACAACUUAAAUAUUAAAGCAAUAAGCUGGACUCGUGUCUUAAAAAUGGCUGUUCAUUUAGGGGCCGUCUGACUGUGGGCCACUAGUGACAGGUUCUGUUAUGUUCCUAUGGAAACAUUUGUACUGUAUAUGCUAUGCUUAAACCAUUUAAAACAUGAUGUUUUGAAUGUGGAUAAAACUGUGUAAAUCACAUAAUUUCUGUACAUCCCGAAGGAUGAGAAUGUGACCUGUAAGAAAAAUGGAAACAUUUCUAAAUUCUCAAUGAUGCUACUUUUGUAACUCUUCUGACUCUACUUCCUUCCAAGCAUUUGUGUAUUGAAAUAGCAUACUGUGUAUGUUUUAUAUCAAAUGCCUCCAUGAAUCUUUCUUACCUAUACCUAUAUUUUUAACGUUGUGAAUAUGCGAGUAUCCCCACUUAAAGUAUGUUUCUACAUCAGGCCAAUGAAACCAACACUUACAUCCAAUGUAAUUGGUCAGAUCAACUGAAUAAACUCCAUAUUUUGCCUUCA